AUGAAGGUUCUUCCCAUGAAUCCCACGAACUCGGGAGGUCCUCAAGUCGCCCCCAACACACUGGGAUGUUGCUCGCAAAGCAAAGCCGGUUCCCCCCGUUUCUCCGUCCACCCAGCGUGGGGUGGGGGUCCGGGUGCGGGGGUCUACGAACCCCCCCCUCGCCUGCUCACCCUCCGUGGAGCCGCACGCAGCUCGCCGGGGUCCUGCGGCCCCUCCGCGGCCCUGGGGGCGCAGCUCGGCUCAGGCCCCGCGGGCCUGGGGGCGAAGCGCGCGGGGUCCGGGCGUCCCGGGAGCGCGGGAGGCUCGCCCCGCCCCGCCCGGAGGCCUCCGCGCCGCCACCGGCGGCCUGAGCCCCGCGGCCCGCCCGGCGCGGGAUGUGGCGACGGCGACGGCGCCGGAAAGAGGAAACCGGCGCGGAGGCCUCUCCGGGGGGCGAGGCUGCCGCCGCCCCGCGCGGCCCCGCCGCCACCUCCGUGCGCGCCGCCGGCCCGGCUGUGCGCGGCCCCGCCGCCGUGCACCCGCGCGCGCGCGGCCGCACCUCCGCGCCCGGUCUCCCCGGCGCCGCCCCGCCGCGCGCCCGGACCCCGCGCCUCCCUUCCCCGCCGCUAA